AUGGGACGUCUGGAGUUACUACUAGUCUUAAUAUGGUUAAAAGGUUGCUAUACCAAAGACGACGAUGUGAAUAGAUAUGAUUUGACUCAGAGAGAUGCUGUGUUGUCCUCAUGUGACUUCAACAACAACGAAGAACCUUUCUGCAACUUCCAACAAGACAUUUCAGAUCAGAAUGAUUGGACACGUAAUACAGGAUCCACCCCAACACUAGGCACUGGACCCAAUGGAGACUAUCCUGAUGGAUCUGGCUAUUACAUAUAUCACGAGGCUGACAACAUUGUGAAUGGACAGAAAUCACGUCUACUCAGCCAGACAAUUAACAAUGGGCCUGCUGAAAUCUGUGUACAGUUCUACUACUAUAUGUAUGGCAGUGACAGCAGAAAUACACUGACUGUGUUGGCCAAAUAUACCGGCUCUGAGGAAAAUCUGUGGCAGAAAAUGGGAAUCCAAAGCCCUUCAUGGCUUGGGGCCUCUGUCACAGUACCCAUACCAGCCGGACAGACCGUUCAGAUUGUGUUUGAAGCAAUGCGAGGAAAUUCUUCAUCAUGUGACACUGCCCUGGAUAAUAUUGUCAUCACUGAAGGAGCCUGCCCUGGGUGUUUAGCUGGGUGUGAUUUCGAUGACAGUGAAUUAUGUGGCUGGAUGAAUAUAGUACCUGAUGAUGAGGAUAUCGAUGGCUGGGAGUUUUGGGUUGGGCAAACAGAUACACCAGACACUGGCCCUGAAGACGACUUCUCCAAACCAGGAUUGGGGAGAUAUUUGUUAAUGGACUCCUUCUACAGUGUGGAAGGAGCAUCAGCUCAGCUCUGGAGCCACUCUACCUCAGAUGCUUCCUCUGGUUGCCUACAGCUGGACUUCCAUUACUAUUUGUAUGGCACAGCCUCCGAAAUGGUGCUUCAGGUCCAUGCAGUCACUGCUGGUGGGGCACUUGGAACCCCUAUUUUCAGCCUCAAAGGAAAUCAAGGUCAGGGUUGGAAGCCAGCAAUGGUUCGCUACACUGAUACUGCAAAUGUGCAGUUUGUAAUUGUUGGUGUUUAUGGGGAAACAGAGAAAACGGAUAUUGCAAUUGAUAGUGUCUGCAUUACCACUUGUAAAGAUGAAAUUCCAACACCUAAACCUUCCACACCCCAACCCACAACACCUAAACAAUCCACGGCAAAACCAACCACAACAGUGACAUGCCCUCCAGAUUCUGAGUACAUUGAAUGUGGACCAGCCUGUAUUCCUAGCUGCAAAGAACCCUCCACCAACUGCAGUGGUUCUUGCAUCAGUGGCUGCUUCUGUAAACCAGGAUUUGUUUUCCGUGGAAAACGCUGUGUUCCUAUUGAGCAGUGUGGCUGUCUAGAUGAAGACAACAAUUACUUUGAGCCUGGUGAGAUCAUAUUGGGAAACGGAUGCUCCAAGUUGUGUCGCUGUGCGAGCAACUACACUUUUGACUGUGUGGACAACACCUGUGACCUUGUGACAGAAGAAUGUCGGGAGGUCGUGGAGUGCAUGGCUGUUACCCUAAAGUACAGCCCCCACCCCUACCUCAGAGGCAUCUACCUCUACCACGAACGGGAGAGUGGGAUCGGGCUGCCGCAGGACUGGGGAGGUCAUGAAGGCCUCCUUAAGGGCCUGGAAGGCUUGUCGGGCGGGUGUGUUCCAGGGACCUCCACAUGUGUUUCCUCUGGUGACCCCCAUUACACCACCUUUGAUAACCAGCGCUAUGACUUCAUGGGAAAUUGCUCUUACCUGAUGUCCGAGCCUUGUAACAGCACAGAUGUUCCUUACUUCGCUGUAUACACAGACAAUGAGAAUCGCUACAACAAUCCUCAUAUCAGUUAUGUAAAAGCAGUACAUGUCCAUGCACUGGGAGUCAAAGUGUCCAUUCUGAAAGGAGGGAUUGUGCAGGUGAAUGGUACCAAUGUGAAUGUUCCUUUUAGUCCUGUCAAUGGUGUUGACAUUUUUAAGUCUGGCGUACACUACACAGUGGCCUUGAACUUUGGCGUAACUGUACGUUAUGAUGGAAACCACUUUAUGGAUAUUAAAGUUAUAAAGGACUAUGAGGACAAACUUUGUGGACUGUGUGGCGACUACAAUGGAGACCCUAAGGAUGACUUCCGUACCCCCACUGGUGAACUGGUCAAAAAGCCCACUGACUUCGCCAACAGUUGGAACAAAGACCCUGACUGCGAUAAGACAGUGGUAGACCCGAGCCCAGGGUGUACAGAUACUGAGCAGGACUUGUAUGAAGGGCCUGCUUACUGUGGUGUCAUAUUGGACCGCAAUGGUCCAUUUGCUGCUUGCCAUCCAAAAGUCAAUCCCAAUGGUUUCUUCCAAGACUGUUUGUUUGAUGUUUGUGAGCUGAAUGGUGCUCAGUCCCCAUUGUGCGAAGCACUAGAGGCAUAUGUUCACAAAUGUCAGGAACGUGGCAUCACAAUUGGGCCCUGGAGAAACAGCACCUUCUGUCCGAGUCCAUCAACUCCUAAACCAUCCAAAUCACAACAACCAACAAAUAAGCCAACUACUCCAAAACCAACACCGACACCACCAGUGACAUGCCCUCCAGAUUCUGAGUACAUUGAAUGUGGACCAGCCUGUAUUCCUAGCUGCAAAGAACCCUCCACCAACUGCAGUGGUUCUUGCAUCAGUGGCUGCUUCUGUAAACCAGGAUUUGUUUUCCGUGGAAAACGCUGUGUUCCUAUUGAGCAGUGUGGCUGUCUAGAUGAAGACAACAAUUACUUUGAGCCUGGUGAGAUCAUAUUGGGAAACGGAUGCUCCAAGUUGUGUCGCUGUGCGGGCAACUACACUUUUGACUGUGUGGACAACACCUGUGACCUUGUGACAGAAGAAUGUCGGGAGGUCGGCGGAGUGCAUGGCUGUUACCCUAAAGGGACCUCCACAUGUGUUUCCUCUGGUGACCCUCAUUACACCACCUUUGAUAACCCUUAUGACUUCAUGGGAAAUUGCUCUUACCUGAUGUCCGAGCCUUGUAACAGCACAGAUGUUCCUUACUUAGCUGUAUACACAGACAAUGAGAAUCGCUACAACAAUCCUCAUAUCAGUUAUGUAAAAGCAGUACAUGUCCAUGCACUGGGAGUCAAAGUGUCCAUUCUGAAAGGAGGGAUUGUGCAGGUGACUGGUACCAAUGUGAAUGUUCCUUUUAGUCCUGUCAAUGGUGUUGACAUUUUUAAGUCUGGCGUACACUACACAGUGGCCUUGAACUUUGGCGUAACUGUACGUUAUGAUGGAAACCACUUUAUGGAUAUUAAAGUUAUAAAGGACUAUGAGGACAAACUUUGUGGACUGUGUGGCGACUACAAUGGAGACCCUAAGGAUGACUUCCGUACUCCCACUGGUGAACUGGUCAAAAAGCCCACUGACUUCGCCAACAGUUGGAACACAGACCCUGUCUGCGAUAAGACAGUGGUAGACCCGAGCCCAGGGUGCACAGAUACUGAGCAGGACUUGUAUGAAGGGCCUGCUUACUGUGGUGUCAUAUUGGACCGCAAUGGUCCAUUUGCUGCUUGCCAUCCAAAAGUCAAUCCCAAUGGUUUCUUCCAAGACUGUUUGUUUGAUGUUUGUGAGCUGGAUGGUUCUCAGUCCACAUUGUGCGAAGCACUAGAGGCAUAUGUUCACAAAUGUCAGGAACGUGGCAUCACAAUUGGGCCCUGGAGAAACAGCACCUUCUGUCCUCUGAAAUGCCCAGACAAUAGCCACUUUGAAUCAUGCGUCCCGAUUUGCCAGCCUUCCUGUACUCCAAUUCCACCACAUCAGUGCACCGGGCCUUGUUCUGAAGGGUGUCUUUGUGACCCUGGAUAUAUCCUCAGUGCUGGCAUGUGUGUGGAAGCAAAUACAUGUGGCUGCACGUAUAAUGGACAGUAUUACCAGCCAGGUCAAGAGUUCUACUCUAAGGACUGUGAGCUACAGUGUAGGUGUGACCCUCCAUUCGUUACAUGCAAUGCUGCUGAGUGCCCCGACGAACAAUGUGGUGUACAGGGUGGAAUAAUUGGAUGUUACCCUGAUGGGACCUCCACAUGUGUUUCCUCUGGUGACCCUCAUUACACCACCUUUGAUAACCACUAUGACUUCAUGGGAAAUUGCUCUUACCUGAUGUCCGAGCCUUGUAACAGCACAGAUGUUCCUUACUUAGCUGUAUACACAGACAAUGAGAAUCGCUACAACAAUCCUCAUAUCAGUUAUGUAAAAGCAGUACAUGUCCAUGCACUGGGAGUCAAAGUGUCCAUUCUGAAAGGAGGGAUUGUGCAGGUGACUGGUACCAAUGUGAAUGUUCCUUUUAGUCCUGUCAAUGGUGUUGACAUUUUUAAGUCUGGCGUACACUACACAGUGGCCUUGAACUUUGACGUAACUGUACGUUAUGAUGGAAACCACUUUAUGGAUAUUAAAGUUAUAAAGGACUAUGAGGACAAACUUUGUGGACUGUGUGGCGACUACAAUGGAGACCCUAAGGAUGACUUCCGUACCCCCACUGGUGAACUGGUCAAAAGCCCACUGACUUCGCCAACAGUUGGAACACAGACCCUGUUGACAUGCCCUCCAUAUUCUGAGUACAUUGAAUGUGGACCAGCCUGUAUUCCUAGCUGCAAAGAACCCUCCACCAACUGCAGUGGUUCUUGCAUCAGUGGCUGCUUCUGUAAACCAGGAUUUGUUUUCCGUGGAAAACGCUGUGUUCCUAUUGAGCAGUGUGGCUGUCUAGAUGAAGACAACAAUUACUUUGAGCCUGCUUAUGACUUCAUGGGAAAUUGCUCUUACCUGAUGUCCGAGCCUUGUAACAGCACAGAUGUUCCUUACUUAGCUGUAUACACAGACAAUGAGAAUCGCUACAACAAUCCUCAUAUCAGUUAUGUAAAAGCAGUACAUGUCCAUGCACUGGGAGUCAAAGUGUCCAUUCUGAAAGGAGGGAUUGUGCAGGUGACUGCUAUGAGGACAAACUUUGUGGACUGUGUGGCUGACUACAAUGGAGACCCUAAGGAUGACUUCCGUACUCCCCACUGCUGCGAUAAGACAGUGGUAGACCCGAGCCCAGGGUGCACAGAUACUGAGCAGGACUUGUAUGAAGGGCCUGCUUACUGUGGUGUCAUAUUGGACCGCAAUGGUCCAUUUGCUGCUUGCCAUCCAAAAGUCAAUCCCAAUCCAGGUCAAGAGUUCUACUCUAAGGACUGUGAGCUACAGUGUAGGUGUGACCCUCCAUUCGUUACAUGCAAUGCUGCUGAGUGCCCCCCGAACGAACAAUGUGGUGUACAGGGUGGAAUAAUUGGAUGUUACCCUGAUGUGACAUGCCCUCCAUAUUCUGAGUACAUUGAAUGUGGACCAGCCUGUAUUCCUAGCUGCAAAGAACCCUCCACCAACUGCAGUGGUUCUUGCAUCAGUGGCUGCUUCUGUAAACCAGGAUUUGUUUUCCGUGGAAAACGCUGUGUUCCUAUUGAGCAGUGUGGCUGUCUAGAUGAAGACAACAAUUACUUUGAGCCUGGUGAGAUCAUAUUGGGAAACGGAUGCUCCAAGUUGUGUCGCUGUGCGGGCAACUACACUUUUGACUGUGUGGACAACACCUGUGACCUUGUGACAGAAGAAUGUCGGGAGGUCGGCGGAGUGCAUGGCUGUUACCCUAAAGGGACCUCCACAUGUGUUUCCUCUGGUGACCCUCAUUACACCACCUUUGAUAACCCUUAUGACUUCAUGGGAAAUUGCUCUUACCUGAUGUCCGAGCCUUGUAACAGCACAGAUGUUCCUUACUUGGCUGUAUACACAGACAAUGAGAAUCGCUACAACAAUCCUCAUAUCAGUUAUGUAAAAGCAGUACAUGUCCAUGCACUGGGAGUCAAAGUGUCCAUUCUGAAAGGAGGGAUUGUGCAGGUGACUGGUACCAAUGUGAAUGUUCCUUUUAGUCCUGUCAAUGGUGUUGACAUUUUUAAGUCUGGCGUACACUACACAGUGGCCUUGAACUUUAGGCGUAACUGUAUGCGUUAUGAUGGAAACCACUUUAUGGAUAUUAAAGUUAUAAAGGACUAUGAGGACAAACUUUGUGGACUGUGUGGCGACUACAAUGGAGACCCUAAGGAUGACUUCCGUACCCCCACUGGUGAACUGGUCAAAAAGCCCACUGACUUCGCCAACAGUUGGAACACAGACCCUGUCUGCGAUAAGACAGUGGUAGACCCGAGCCCAGGGUGCACAGAUACUGAGCAGGACUUGUAUGAAGGGCCUGCUUACUGUGGUGUCAUAUUGGACCGUAAUGGUCCAUUUGCUGCUUGCCAUCCAAAAGUCAAUCCCAAUGGUUUCUUCCAAGACUGUUUGUUUGAUGUUUGUGAGCUGGAUGGUUCUCAGUCCCCAUUGUGCGAAGCACUAGAGGCAUAUGUUCACAAAUGUCAGGAACGUGGCAUCACAAUUGGGCCCUGGAGAAACAGCACCUUCUGUCCUCUGAAAUGCCCAGACAAUAGCCACUUUGAAUCAUGCGUCCCGAUUUGCCAGCCUUCCUGUACUCCAAUUCCACCACAUCAGUGCACCGGGCCUUGUUCUGAAGGGUGUCUUUGUGACCCUGGAUAUAUCCUCAGUGCUGGCAUGUGUGUGGAAGCAAAUACAUGUGGCUGCACGUAUAAUGGACAGUAUUACCAGCCAGGUCAAGAGUUCUACUCUAAGGACUGUGAGCUACAGUGUAGGUGUGACCCUCCAUUCGUUACAUGCAAUGCUGCUGAGUGCCCGAACGAACAAUGUGGUGUACAGGGUGGAAUAAUUGGAUGUUACCCUGAUGGGACCUCCACAUGUGUUUCCUCUGGUGACCCUCAUUACACCACCUUUGAUAACCACUAUGACUUCAUGGGAAAUUGCUCUUACCUGAUGUCCGAGCCUUGUAACAGCACAGAUGUUCCUUACUUAGCUGUAUACACAGACAAUGAGAAUCGCUACAACAAUCCUCAUAUCAGUUAUGUAAAAGCAGUACAUGUCCAUGCACUGGGAGUCAAAGUGUCCAUUCUGAAAGGAGGGAUUGUGCAGGUGACUGGUACCAAUGUGAAUGUUCCUUUUAGUCCUGUCAAUGGUGUUGACAUUUUUAAGUCUGGCGUACACUACACAGUGGCCUUGAACUUUGGCGUAACUGUAGCCUAUGAGGACAAACUUUGUGGACUGUGUGGCGACUACAAUGGAGACCCUAAGGAUGACUUCCGUACCCCCACUGGUGAACUGGUCAAAAAGCCCACUGACUUCGCCAACAGUUGGAACACAGACCCUGUCUGCGAUAAGACAGUGGUAGACCCGAGCCCAGGGUGCACAGAUACUGAGCAGGACUUGUAUGAAGGGCCUGCUUACUGUGGUGUCAUAUUGGACCGCAAUGGUCCAUUUGCUGCUUGCCAUCCAAAAGUCAAUCCCAAUGGUUUCUUCCAAGACUGUUUGUUUGAUGUUUGUGAGCUGGAUGGUUCUCAGUCCCCAUUGUGCGAAGCACUAGAGGCAUAUGUUCACAAAUGUCAGGAACGUGGCAUCACAAUUGGGCCCUGGAGAAACAGCACCUUCUGUCUGACAUGCCCUCCAUAUUCUGAGUACAUUGAAUGUGGACCAGCCUGUAUUCCUAGCUGCAAAGAACCCUCCACCAACUGCAGUGGUUCUUGCAUCAGUGGCUGCUUCUGUAAACCAGGAUUUGUUUUCCGUGGAAAACGCUGUGUUCCUAUUGAGCAGUGUGGCUGUCUAGAUGAAGACAACAAUUACUUUGAGCCUGGUGAGAUCAUAUUGGGAAACGGAUGCUCCAAGUUGUGUCGCUAUGCGGGCAACUACACUUUUGACUGUGUGGACAACACCUGUGACCUUGUGACAGAAGAAUGUCGGGAGGUCGGUGGAGUGCAUGGCUGUUACCCUAAAGGGACCUCCACAUGUGUUUCCUCUGGUGACCCCCAUUACACCACCUUUGAUAACCAGCGCUAUGACUUCAUGGGAAAUUGCUCUUACCUGAUGUCCGAGCCUUGUAACAGCACAGAUGUUCCUUACUUCGCUGUGUACACAGACAAUGAGAAUCGCUACAACAAUCCUCAUAUCAGUUAUGUAAAAGCAGUACAUGUCCAUGCACUGGGAGUCAAAGUGUCCAUUCUGAAAGGAGGGAUUGUGCAGGUGACUGGUACCAAUGUGAAUGUUCCUUUUAGUCCUGUCAAUGGUGUUGACAUUUUUAAGUCUGGCGUACACUACACAGUGGCCUUGAACUUUGGCGUAACUGUACGUUAUGAUGGAAACCACUUUAUGGAUAUUAAAGUUAUAAAGGACUAUGAGGACAAACUUUGUGGACUGUGUGGCGACUACAAUGGAGACCCUAAGGACGACUUCCGUACCCCCACUGGUGAACUGGUCAAAAAGCCCACUGACUUCGCCAACAGUUGGAACACAGACCCUGACUGCGAUAAGACAGUGGUAGACCCGAGCCCAGGGUGCACAGAUACUGAGCAGGACUUGUAUGAAGGGCCUGCUUACUGUGGUGUCAUAUUGGACCGCAAUGGUCCAUUUGCUGCUUGCCAUCCAAAAGUCAAUCCCAAUGGUUUCUUCCAAGACUGUUUGUUUGAUGUGUGUGAGCUGGAUGGUGCUCAGUCCCCAUUGUGCGAAGCACUAGAGGCAUAUGUUCACAAAUGUCAGGAACGUGGCAUCACAAUUGGGCCCUGGAGAAACAGCACCUUCUGUCCUCUGAAAUGCCCAGACAAUAGCCACUUUGAAUCAUGCGUCCCGAUUUGCCAGCCUUCCUGUACUCCAAUUCCACCACAUCAGUGCACCGGGCCUUGUUCUGAAGGGUGUCUUUGUGACCCUGGAUAUAUCCUCAGUGCUGGCAUGUGUGUGGAAGCAAAUACAUGUGGCUGCACGUAUAAUGGACAGUAUUACCAGCCAGGUCAAGAGUUCUACUCUAAGGACUGUGAGCUACAGUGUAGGUGUGACCCUCCAUUCGUUACAUGCAAUGCUGCUGAGUGCCCCCCGAACGAACAAUGUGGUGUACAGGGUGGAAUAAUUGGAUGUUACCCUGAUGGUUCUCAAGAUUGUAUUAUUUCUGGUGACCCUCAUUAUAACACAUUUGAUGGAAAAUUCUACAGCUUCAUGGGCACUUGCACCUACACUCUGGCACGCACCUGUAAAAACAAAACAAGGUCUUGGUUCUCAGUAGAGGGUAAAAAUGAAGAGAGAGGAUUUUCUGGUCUUUCUUACCUGAGGAAAUUGCAUGUGACUGUCAAUGAUGUCACUGUGACAAUGAUGAAAAGCAGGAGAACUUUGGUGAAUGGACAGAAGGUGUCCCUUCCCCACUCCCCAUCUCCACUCAUGUCUCUCUCUCUUGCUGGGCUAUAUGUUAUCCUCACUACUCCAUUCGGCUUUGAGGUGCAGUGGGACGGCAACCAUUAUGCCAAGAUCACUGUACCCAGUUCCUACUAUGACCAGAUGUGUGGCCUGUGUGGGGACUAUGAUGGAAACCCCAAUAAUGACUUCACUAAGCCAGAUGGCUCACAAGCUGAAAGCUCAGAUCAGUUUGGCAACAGCUGGCAAACUGAUGAUGAUGUGGAUGAAACAUGCAAGCCUGACACCGGGCAUGGCCCACCCUGUGAUCCUGAGCUGGAGGAUGUGGUCUCUAAUUCAGAGAAUUGUGGAAGAAUAACUGACACAAAUGGACCAUUUAGGGACUGUAUCAAUGUGGUGGACCCAUUGCCUUUCUUCCAGAGAUGUGUGUUUGAUAUGUGCCGUUAUCAGGGGCUGCAGCAGGCGCUCUGUGACCACCUUCAGGCUUAUACCGAUGUUUGCCUGAGUGCAGGUGCACCUGUCCAUCAGUGGAGGAAGCCAGAUUUCUGCUUUUUGUUAUGCCAACCUAACAGCCAUUACUCUAUAUGUGUGAGCUCCUGUCCGGAGACUUGUCUGGGUAUCAACGGAUUGCCAGGCUGCAGUGAGAAGUGUGUUGAAGGCUGUGAGUGUGACCCUGGCUUUGUCCUCAGCGACAACAAAUGUGUGUCUGUUAGAGACUGUGGCUGUGUGGACUCUUCAGGCUCCUACCACCCUGUGAAUGAGAGCUGGUAUCUUGAGGGCUGUAUUCACAAGUGUACAUGUCAGGUUGGAGGAAUUAUCCAGUGUUUAGACACCAGCUGUUUGCCUACUGAGAGCUGCCAACUUCAGAAUGGAAACUACGGCUGCAAACCACUUGAUACAGGCAUUUGUUCGGUCUCUGGUGACCCUCACUACACCUCCUUUGAUAAGAAAGUACAUCACUACAUGGGCUCCUGCUCCUACACUCUUACAAAGCCCUGUAAUGAGACCUCUGGCUUGCCAUACUUCACUGUUGAGACACAGAACGAGCAUAGAGACAAUAAUAAGAAAGUGUCUUAUGUAAGAUCUGUCAUUAUCAAUGUCCAUGGCAUGAAGGUGAAUCUGGGCAAAGGCCGAAAAGUUCAGGUAAAUGGAGUUCAGGUCACUGUGCCUGUCACACUUCCAAAUGAUAUUAAGAUCUUCCUAAGUGGCAAAUUUGUGGUGCUCGAGACAGACUUCGGAUUGUUCAUCAGAUUUGAUGGAAAUCAUCAUGCCGAUGUCAACCUACCUUCCUCCUACAGUGGCCUGUUAUGUGGACUGUGUGGAAAUUUUAAUGGUAAUCAUAAUGAUGACAACAUCAAGCCUGACGGGAACCCAACAGACAGCACCAAUGAGCUUGGAGAGAGUUGGCAGGUGCCCGAUGACAGGCCAGAUUGUAUUCACGGAGGAGGAGACAUUGAAUGUGAUGACAAGAUCCAAAGUGAAGCUCAAAAACCUACUAGCUGUGGCAUGAUUACCGACCUCAAUGGAAUCUUCAAGCCAUGUCAUGCAGUUGUGCCUCCUGGUCCUUACUUUGAGAAUUGUGUGUUUGAUCAGUGUGGCACUGAUGGUGGUGUAGUGGCACUGUGCCAAGCUACUGAAAGCUAUGCCUACCUGUGCGCUCAAGCUGGGGUGCCAAUUAACUGGAGGAAUAACACCUUCUGUCCUAUGAAAUGUCCGGUUGGUAGUCACUAUGAGACGCGUGGUACUGCUUGUCCAGCCAGUUGUCAAGACCCUGGAUCUGAAGGCACCUGUAAUAAGCCCUUUGUUGAGGGAUGUGUGUGUGACACUGGUUUGGUGCUCAGUGGAGACAAGUGUGUACCCUUCAGUGAGUGUGGUUGCACUGACAAGGACAACAACUACAGGCCUGUUGGAGACAGCUGGUUCACCAAAGAUGACUGCACAGAGCGCUGCGUGUGUUCACCUUUCAAUACUGUGACAUGUGAGGCUUGGGUGUGUGGCCCUGCUCAGAAAUGUAAAGUCAAUGAGGGUCAGCUGGGCUGUGUGAACACGGGAAUGGGCAUUUGCCACAUUGCUGGUGAUCCUCACUACUACACCUUUGAUGGCAUUAUGCACACUUACAUGGGUACCUGCACUUACACACUGGUGGCGAUAUGCAACAGCUCGAUGGUGAAACCCUUCACCAUUGUGGCUAAGAAUGAAGAACGUGGUCAGCCUAAAGCUUCAUAUGUUCGUUCAGUGACCAUCUAUCUGCCCACUGCCAACAUCACACUCAGCAAGAAUGGCAGAAUAAUGCUGAAUGAACGCAGGAUAAAAACCCCCUAUGAAAUCACUGAAGCCAAGGCACGGGUAUUUACCAGUGGAGUAAACAGCGUACUGGACACUGACUUUGGCCUGAUCGUGAAGUUUGAUGGAGUGCACCAUAUUGAGAUCACAGUACCAGGAGACUAUUUCAACAAGGUUUGUGGUAUGUGUGGUAACUACAAUAGUGAUUCCUCUGACGAUAAUUUGAUGCCCAAUGGCAAACUAGCCAAAGAUGUCAUUGAGCUUGGUGAUAGCUGGAAGGCAGAGGGAGACAGUGAUCCUGGCUGCCAACCUGAUUUACGACCUGAUGUCAAUCCCAACUGUGAUGAGGUUGAGGAAGAAGCCUACAGGUCACAGUGUGCAGAGCCUAUCCUGUCCGAUCGCUUCAAGACCUGUCACUCUCUCAUUCCUCCAGAGGCCUUCCUGAGCAACUGCAUAUAUGACAUGUGUGAAUAUAACGGCAUGCAUUCAACUCUGUGUGAUAACAUUGAGGCUUACGCCCAGGCCUGUCAGAGUGCUGGAGUCACAAUCAGCUGGAGAAACAACACUUUCUGUUCUCACCCAUGCCAUCCCAACAGCCACUUCUCUGACUGCACAGUGCCAUGUCCUCCCACUUGUGCUGACCUCUUCCCCAUAUUCUGCCCAUUGCCACCCAACAGCUGUAUAGAGGGCUGUCAGUGCGAUGCAGGUUUCGUGUUAAGUGACGGCAAGUGUGUUCCCCUCUCAAGCUGCGGAUGUGUUGACCACAAUGGAGAGUAUCAUGAUGUGGGAGAUUCAUGGAUAACAGACCGCUGUGACCAGAAGUGCAGCUGCAGCCUUGGAGGAGUGCUAUCUUGUAAGCCUUUCGAAUGUGACGACAGCUCAAUCUGUGCUCUUGACAAGGAUGGAGACCGUCACUGCAAAGUGGAGCAAUUUGAUGACUGCAAUAUUGCAGGGGAUCCUCACUAUCGCACCUUUGACAAAUACAAUCACCACUACCAAGGACUCUAUACCUAUGUGUUAACCCAAGGCAACAAUCUGCCCAGUUCCCUUACCCCUUUCAUUGUCCGCGGCAAAAAUCAACGUCAAGGAAUUUUCAGCCACGCGUCUCUCUUGCAUGAUGUCUACGUGGAUGUGUAUGGCAUCAGUGUCCACAUUCUACAGAAGAAGAAAGUGCUGGUCAAUGGCGAGAGAAUUUCUCCACCCUACAGUCCUAUAAAAGGAGUUACUAUAAAAAUGAAGUCUCGCUUUGUAAUGCUCUCAACAGACUUUGGCCUUUCAGUGCGUUUUGAUGGCAACACCCAAGCAGUGGUGACUCUGCCCAGUGUAUAUAAAUCUCGUGUGCUUGGUCUGUGUGGUAAUUAUGAUGGACGCUCCAAUAAUGAGUACAUAAAACCAGAUGGCACGAUUACCCGCAACCUCAAAGAAUUUGGAGACAGCUGGAGAGUAAAUUACAAAGAUGGAGCGGGUGUUCGUGGUGCAUCCCUACCAAAAAUGGUGCACCUGCACAAACGUGAAGUAGAGGAAGUUCCAGAUUCAGGCUUUGCGACGACAGGCUGUACUGAUGCUCAGCUGGCUGAGCUGAAUGGGAAUUACCAGUGUGGAGCUCUAAGUGACCCUGCAGGUCCUUUUGCCACCUGCCAUGCUAAGAUUUCUCCAGACGAGUUCCAAGAGGACUGUGUGUUUGACCUGUGUGCAGAGCAGGGCAGUUUAGUUCUGCGCUGUGAAAACUAUGCUGUCUAUGCUCAGGCUUGCCAAGAAGUGGGUGUCAAACUUGGGCAGUGGAGACAACAGAUGGAUUGUGUUCUGGAAUGUGUGGCCAACAGCACCUAUUCAACCUGUAUGACACCAUGCCCAGCAUCCUGUGCAGACUUGGCAGCUCCCUCAGAGUGUGAGCAGACUGAAUGUGUGGAGGGAUGCCAAUGCGCCCCAGGCUUUGCUCUGAGUGACAAUGAUUGUGUGCCUUUCAACCAAUGUGGAUGCACUUACCUGGGUCGUUACUAUACGCUAAAGGAGAUGUUUGUGACUGAUGAUUGCUCACAGAGUUGUAUAUGUACCAUCACUGGUGCUGUUUGCCAACCGAGGAGCUGUGGAGAAACAGAUAUUUGUACGGUGUUUGACACCAAACGUGACUGCUAUAAAAUGAGUCCAUGUUUGAGCUCACCCUGUCUAAAUGAAGGUACCUGUGUGGAGACAUCAAAUGGUUCUGGGUAUGCCUGCACUUGUGUCCAGGACUUUGAGGGCAAAAACUGUGAUAUUUUGAAAAUCCCCUCCCCUCCAAAAGGCUUAGAUGAAACAAGUAUUAUUUUGAUUGGAGUAUUUGUGCCCCUUGGCAUCAUCCUUAUAGUCACAACAAUUGCGUGCAUUUGCAAGAAACACAGCCGCAAAAGUUCUGGUUAUGAUUCAAGUAAACUUGAGCUGAAAGCAGAUCAUCCCUAUGAAAAUCUAGAAGUUGUUAGAAAGCAGGAGCCGAACAGCGUGCUAAAUGCUACAAAAUUGUGA